AUGGUUCAGGCACUCGCCCCCACAGAAAAAAAGACGCUUUUACUCGUUUACCCUUGCUAUCUUUGUGAUGGCGAUGGGCCUACCUACCAGAAAGCAGCCAGACUCAUCAUGCAUAUCCGUGAUCAGCAUGGUUUCCUUCUCCCCAGCCGACACACCGGUGUCAGACGUCCGGCGAAUCGUCAUUACAAUUAUCAAACAGAUAUGAAAAUAAAAUGGGACGAACAGCAAAACGCUUGUCCCAGCUGUUGGUAUCAUACAGACGCCCUGGAAGAAUUGAGCCUUCAUAUCUCAAAAGAACACGAUCCCCCCGCUUGCGAACCUCUGUCACAGCACAACGAUGCUUCUUCGCGGCGAGGUACCAGAAGGAGGUCUGCUGGGUCGAAUGCAAGCCCAUUUGUCUACGAUGGCAGCAAGUACGAGAAAAAGACGGUGAAUACGAUUUUCAAGCAGAUGAAUGAAAUAACCACUUUAUUCAAAGAUAUAUUAAGAAUGGAUUAG